GGGAGCCGCGGUAAACAGGAGCCGGGGGAGAGCUGGGGGAGAGACCGGCCUCGUAGAAGCCUCCAAGCCCCACGGCCCGCCGCCUCCUGGCCCCGGGCAUGGGCAGCAGCAGCCGCCGCAGCCGGAGGAGGAGCCGCCGGCCCGGGCCCUGUGCGGGGCACCACCAAGUUGCAAGGCCUUACAAUGGCACGGAAUGAGCACUGCAUUCAAGCCUCCUUCCUGUAAAUGAUAGGACCAAACAAGGCGGUGUGAUGAACAUGCCACUGCAUCAAAUCUCUGUCAUUCCAGCUCAGGAUGUUACCUCUUCCAGAGUCUCCAGGAGCAAGACCAAAGAAAAAGAGGAACAGAAUGAGAAGGCUUUGGGGCAUUCCGUGAGCCGCUCUAGUAACAUCUCAAAGGCUGGAAGUCCAACCUCUGUCUCUGCCCCUCAUAGCUUCUCUCGGACUUCUGUUACGCCAUCCAACCAGGACAUCUGCAGUUCCAGUGCAGUGUUUUCUGAGUGUUGUCAUCACAGUCCAGUGCAGUCUGCUGUUGUCUUGAAAAAUGCGCACUGCCAGAGCCCUCUGACACAAGGGGUCACUGUGACAGUAAUCUGUCAGGACACGUUACAUGCAGCAAAGAGAAACUCCCGUGGGCAGGAUCGGGGCCAGGCACUCAGGUCUGCUAAGAAUGUAAAGCCCACCCGCACUCUGAAAUUCUCCAAGUCCCUCAAUGACGUGGACCAGAAGGCGCAGAGCACCAACGAGUGCUUUGAUUAUGUGGAGCGAACACGCUCAGAAGGCAAACUGACCCCGAACCAAGAGCAGUGUUUAAGGAUUAACAAAUUUCAUCUUAAAGAGAGGAAACCACUGAAUCUCAGGCCUCUGUCUUUUAGCAAUUCUAAGCACUCCUAUAUCCCUUCCCUUUCCAACUACUCAAGUGCAUCGGGAGGAGCAGAGAACCACAGCGCUGUACAUAUCCCCCUGCUGGAGGACAAGGUGGACCAUGACUCCUCAAGGAGCAAAAAACUGUUGCGUUACCUUUUUUCCUUCUCCCACACCUCCAGCAUCAGCAGCCUGCAUAAAUUUCAUGAACUGGAGAGCUAUUCCAGUCACUUCCAAGCUGACAAAUCCUCCAGCAUGCUGGUGGGAAGCACGGACUUCUGCUCUGAUGAUAUGGGAGAUGAUGACGUCUUUGAGGACAGCACCUCAGUGAAACUCAAAGCAAAAGAGCAGCGGGCACCACUCUGUUCAGUUGAGAAGGACAGUGACCUUGACUGCCCUUCCCCCCUCUCAGAAAAGUUACCCCCUCUCUCCCCUGUGUCCACAUCCGGGGAUACCUGCAGGAUAUGUCACUGUGAAGGCGAUGAUGAGAGCCCUUUGAUUACCCCCUGUCACUGUACGGGAAGUCUUCAUUUUGUGCACCAGGCCUGCCUGCAGCAAUGGAUCAAGAGCUCGGAUACGCGAUGCUGUGAGCUGUGCAAGUACGAGUUCAUCAUGGAGACAAAACUGAAGCCUCUGAGAAAGUGGGAGAAGCUGCAGAUGACAGCCAGUGAGAGGAGGAAGAUCAUGUGCUCUGUAACAUUCCACAUCAUUGCCAUCACCUGUGUUGUGUGGUCUCUCUAUGUCCUCAUAGACAGGACUGCUGAAGAGAUUAAACAGGGACAAACUACCGGUAUUCUAGAGUGGCCAUUUUGGACUAAGCUGGUAGUUGUGGCUAUUGGUUUCACUGGAGGACUUCUGUUCAUGUAUGUACAAUGCAAGGUGUACGUACAGCUGUGGAAGAGACUUAAAGCUUAUAACCGAGUAAUAUAUGUACAAAACUGUCCAGAAACUAGCAAAAAGAAUAUUUUUGAAAAACCUGCACUAAUGGAGCCAAACUUUGAAAGUAAAGAAAUGUUUGGGGUUCACCAUUCAGACACAAACUCUUCACAUUACACAGAGCCAGAAGACUGUGCUGCAGAAAUCCUUCAUGUCUGAUUGCUAGGUGUAAGGGGUGUUUCUGUAUGUCCUUGAAGAUUUGAAUAUCAUUGUUUACUGCAAACUGCUCUACCUUUUU